UCACUCUCGCGGGUCCUUUCCCUCCGCUCAUUCGCGCUCCUUCUAGGGUUUCCAUGCUCUCCACUCCCCCAGUUGAGUUUUAGCUGCGAGAUGGUUCCUGACAAAGGUAGUAUUGGAGUUAUUGGUUGAGGAUUUUGUUGAAGACAUCUGCGUAUCAAGACAUCUAUUGAUGAAAUAGGAUGAUGUCAAGAGACUUAUGGUGGAUGCUUGAUUCAAAGAAUUCUCAAUUUGAAGUUGGCACGUGUGAUGAAUGUGGUUGAUCAUGUGAGAUCCAUACCAGAAGUAGAAAAGAGGCUGUGAAGACCCAGCUACCAUGGAGCAGUCUCUGCCAUCGUCUCAGCCUGUGGUGGGCAUUGCAUCUAGUGCUGCCCAAAUAGCUUAUGUUGCUGCCCCUCCCUAUCAAACUGCUGCAAUGGUUUCCGCUGGAGCCCCUACUGCAAUCGGAGCUCUCUCUCCUCCCACACAACCCGCCACAGCCUUUCCCACUUCCCCAUCUCAUCUCUCGAACCAGCACCAGCUUGCACUUCAGCAGAUUCAGCAAUUCCAUCACCAGCAGCAGCAGCAGCAACAACAGCAACUUCAAGCCUUCUGGGCCAAUCAGAUCCUAGAGAUCGAACAAACUAAUGACUUCAAGAACCACAGCCUACCGCUUGCCCGAAUAAAGAAAAUAAUGAAGGCCGAUGAGGAUGUUAGAAUGAUCUCAGCUGAGGCCCCUGUAGUCUUUGCAAAGGCCUGUGAGAUGUUCAUAUUGGAGUUGACACUAAGGUCGUGGAUCCACACUGAGGAGAACAAGAGGAGAACCCUUCAAAAGAAUGAUAUAGCUGCUGCAAUAACCAGGACUGACAUAUUUGAUUUCUUAGUUGACAUAGUUCCAAGAGAUGAAUUGAAAGAUGAUGGGCUAGGGAUCCCGAGGGCCACUUUGCCUGCUGUUGGUGCACCUGCUGAUCCUCUCCCGUAUUACUAUGUUCCUGCUCAGCAUCAGAUGGCAGUGCCGGGAAUGAUCAUGGGGAAGCCGGUUGAUCAAACAACUGCACCAAUGUAUGCAGCGCAACCGCCAGCCCGUCCUAUGGCUUACAUGUGGCAGCCGGCACUGGUGCAGUCCUUCCCGCAUCAGCAAUCAGCCCAACCUCAGCAUCAACCGGAUGCAUGAUCAUCUGCAGCAGCGAACAUGAUAAGAGCCACAGCUCUUACUGUUUCCAGUCUCCAUGGGAGAUGUCCUUCUAGUUCUAAUGUAAAAUCAUCUGUUUUCAAGUGUAUACAGGACCAGGUUAUGUAUGUGUCAUGCCGGUGUGAACAUUAGAGACAAAUUUGGUAGCUCUCUAGAUAAAGAAUCAGGUGUUAGAACUA